CCUCAACCAACCUCUUACUUACUCACCUCACCACACUUCUUCUUCUUCUUCUUCUUCUUCCCUUCAAUAACCAAACUCUCUCUCUCUCUAGCUUCUGAAACAUGUCAACCAACAUUGACAACCUCUGGAUUUUUGCUCUUGCUUCCAAAUGCACACAAGAAAACAUUGCUUACUCUCUUUUGAUCAUGGCUUUACUUUGGAUAACCAUGACUUUCUUUUAUUGGUCUCACCCUGGUGGUCCUGCUUGGGGCAAGUACUAUUAUUCCUCUAACUAUUCCACCACAAAAACAAACAACAAAAACAACCUUAAUUCCUCUACAAAACCUAGUACAACAACUUCCUCUUCAAUAUUCAUUCCUGGUCCAAAAGGGUAUCCUCUAUUUGGAAGCAUGAAUCUUAUGUCUUCAUCACUAGCACACCACCGUAUAGCUUCCACAGCAAAAACAUGCAAAGCAACAAGACUCAUGGCUUUUAGUCUUGGUGACACAAGAGCCAUGGUUACUUGCAAUCCAGAUGUUGCUAAAGAAAUUCUCCAUAGCUCUGUCUUUGCUGAUCGUCCUAUCAAAGAAUCAGCUUAUUCUCUUAUGUUCAACCGUGCCAUAGGAUUCGCACCUUACGGUGUUUAUUGGCGAACCCUUAGAAAAAUUUCUACUAAUCAUCUUUUUUCACCCAUGCAAAUCAAAUCAUCUGGGCCGCAGAGGAGUGAAAUUGCGACCCAGAUGAUUGACUUGUUCAGAAACCGUCAUUUGCAUGGCGGUUUCUGUGUUCGAGAUGUUUUGAAAAAAGCAUCGCUUAAUAACAUGAUGUGCUCUGUUUUUGGACAGAGGUUUAAGAUUGAUGAAGUUAAUGAGAGAAUGAUGGAACUUAGUGGGUUGGUUGAACAAGGUUAUGAUUUGUUGGGUGGUCUUAAUUGGGGUGAUCAUCUUCCAUUUUUGAAAGAUUUUGAUGUUCAGAAAAUCCGGUUCAGUUGUUCUGAAUUAGUUCCUAAAGUGAACCGGUUCGUUGGUUCAAUUAUUUCCGACCACCGAGCCGACAAAAACCAAACCAACAAGGAUUUUGUUCAUGUUUUGCUCUCUCUUCAAGAACCAGAUAAAUUGUCUGACUCCGACAUGAUUGCUGUCCUCUGGGAAAUGAUAUUUAGAGGGACCGACACGGUGGCUGUUUUAAUAGAGUGGAUACUUGCAAGGUUGGUGAUUCACCCUGACGUGCAAAAGAAGGUACAAACGGAGCUUGAUGAGGUGGCAAGUGGUGAAUCAUGUGCUAUAACGGAGGAGGAUGUGGCGGCAAUGGUUUAUUUGCCUGCGGUAAUUAAGGAGGUUUUAAGGUUGCAUCCACCGGGUCCACUUCUAUCGUGGGCCCGAUUAGCCAUCACUGAUACGACAAUUGAUGGGUAUCAUGUGCCAGCGGGGACUACUGCUAUGGUUAAUAUGUGGGCCAUAUCUAGGGACCCCGAUGUUUGGAGGAACCCACUUGAAUUUAAUCCGGAGAGGUUUGUGAGCGAAGGAGCUGAGUUUUCAGUACUUGGAUCAGAUCUUAGGUUGGCCCCGUUCGGAUCGGGUAGGAGAAGUUGCCCCGGGAAGAAUUUAGGUUUAGCUACCGUGACUUUUUGGGUAGCUAAACUCUUGCACGAGUUUGAAUGGUUACCGUUGGAUGAAGUGAAUGGAGUUGAUUUAACGGAGGUGCUGAGGCUUUCGUGUGAAAUGGCUAACCCUCUUACCGUUCAAGUGCGCCCGAGGCGUUAGUUAUUUA